CAAGAAUAUCGCGUAUCUCCCUGGCAAGUGGUCUAUUCAACAAGAAAAACGCGUAAGUCCAGGAUUUGCCGCGCAUUUACAUAACCUAAAUGUGUGUGCCGUUUUGACGUGGGUAUUCAGCGGAAAUUUGUCAGCUACUCGAUCCCGGAAGGGAUGGGGUUAAGGUACGCAGUAUACCUCUUAAUAAUGUGGGAGCCCGCGAAGCAACCCCAACCGCACGACGCUGCUCCCCGCGUAGAAGAGCCGCACCUGAAUGCUGCACAGCUUGUACCAGCAACGCCGCAUGUUCGAGAACAUCGACGGACAACCGACCGGCACCACGAAGCAAGUCGCCGAGUGAAAAAGCCGCCAGGAGCCAACGAAGACCACAACCACGACGCAAACUACACAGCUAUGUAUCUAAUACACAAGACAUUGUUUGUUAUUCUGUUAAUAUAGUUGUUAGUCGGCACACAGUGUUCAUCUGUGAUCCCAAACCCCCAACCCACAAUAAUAUGAAUCCACUUUUAGGCAUAUCCUAGUUAUUUGUUUUCGAUGUAUUUGAAAAAGUGUAAUGAAGACAUUUGUCACGUUUGUAAAACAAACAGGAAGCUUUAUCAUUAUGUUUAUACGACAAUGUACAAAUAUUAUUGUUAUAUAAGUAUAAAAAUAUUGUAAACCGCUGCGACGGUACCAUUUCCUAACCUGUAGUCUUC